CGUGCCAGCAUGAGCGCGGCGUGCAGCGGCUACCUGAGCACCGACGACGUGUUCGUGGACGCGUUCUCCUGCCCCAGGCCGGCAAACGCCGCCGCUCGCUUCUGUUGCGGCUUUAACGACUUGAAGUACUGCUGCGACGACCCCAACAGCUUUUAUCCGCACGACUAUGCUUACAUGUGGUGGCUCAGUAUUUGGGCUCUCGUCGGCCUGUCUUUCGCAGCGGUGAUCCUUCUCGCCUUCCUCAUUACAGUAUGCGUUCUUUGCUACCUCUUUAUUGCCACCAAACCAAGUCGCCGUGAAAACAACGUAGCCUUAGGAGCGCCAGGCGACCCCCGGCAGGGAUCCGGCCCGACCGGAGAGAAGCGCGCCUCUGGUCCGCGGGGAUUCCGAAAGUACUUCAUGAGCAGGAAGUUGCAAUCUGACAACCAGCCCGCAGACCCGGAGCGUCUUUUUCAGAGCUGUAAUGCCCAAAAUGUCAGUGAAGCAAGUGCACAAGUUGGAUCUGACACCUCCACACCAGCAGGCGCCACGCUUUUCUUGCACCAUGGACCUGUUUCAUGUCAAGCAAUUUUGUGACUGACCGGCAGAGGAACAAACAAACAAACAAACAAACAACAAAACAUGAUUUCAAAUAUAACUCACUAUUAUGCUGAAUGUACCUGUUGUAAUUAAUGGGAGCCCUGCGCUUGCUUGUGAUCCCUUCUGGCGGCGAUGGGAGACCUUGACGCCAAUGUGUUUCUUAUGUCCAGUUUACUCUGUAAUUUGCUUUUGGUCGUCAUCGAAAUGUAACCAGUAAGUGUCUCUGUGUGUAAGAAACUCGCAAAGGACUUUUUCCCAGUGCAUUUAUUGUACAUGCCGGGCCUGUAUCAUUGGCAAUUUGACGACGUCCGCAGGAACACAAUGCGUUCAUCUUCAACCGUUCUAUUUAUUUCAAAUCCAGUUCCUGCGUUGGAUGGAGGUGUAAUUAGCGAUGGGAAUGGUGACUGAGCAGUGGUGGACAGACGCACGUGGCCGGUCACGCGUGCCUCGCCUUGCUCUUUCGUGUUCGAAUUUAAUAUUACGGUACAUUGUCCUCGAGCACGGAGCCCCAUUGCUCGUGAAUUCUGCACAGAAUUCCUGAAAUCCCAAAACCCUUUGCUUCUCCUCUUCGCUGACAAACGGGACGUGUGCAUCGCUUGAAGGCUUUGUCGUUUUUUUAGUUCCAGAAGUAUUUGUACGGAGUUACUGCGAUUUCCAUUCGUACACCACCGUAAUGUAUUUGAAAUAAAACAAUCAAGAUGUGA